AUGUACGCUAAACUGUUCAUCCUUUGCGCCGUUGCCGUGGUAGCGCUAGCUCGCGAGUACCCGGCCGGUCUCCACCCGGCAGUAUGCCCCAACUACCCAUUCUGUGACGCCACCGCCUUCCAGAGGUUCACUCCAGAAGGACAACCCAUCCCUGAAUGGAUUUACAACCCAUCCAUCCUCCCACAAGCACCAGUAGACCCCAACGCCAACCUGGCAGCCAGAUACCCAGCUAACUUCAACGCUGCAGCCUGCCCCAACUAUCCUUACUGCCACUGA